CCGGGGUGUACGGAGCAUGCACGGCGCGAAGCAGCGUCCCCCGGACGCGCACCCUGGCCAGUGGGUGCUCAUUGCACCAGAGGCUGCUACUGACCCCCCUAAGGCACCUGACAGCGAACCUUUGUUUACAAAACUGCGUAAUCCAAGCACAGGGGAAGCAACCCUUUACUUAUUCAAUAGUGGUGCACAGCAGCUGUUUGAAGUAAAAGCUUUUCAUGAGGAAUAUCGUUCCUGGUUUAUAGGUCAGACUGUUCAACAAGAUGGGCGCCUGCUGUUUGUUACACCAAUGGACCCCUUAUUUCUGAUACUUUCCUACCUCAUAAAGGCAGACAAAGAGCCAGGAAAGUUCCAGCCACUCGAUCAAGUUGUUCUAGACUCAGAGUACCCUAGCUGCCCAUUGCUGCUGAAGUGUGCAGAUGUUAAACAGUACAUACAUCAUGUAACAGAAGAAAAAGAGAUUGGCAGUCAGAAAUUCCACAAAUACAGCCAAGAGAAGACACUGAAGUGGUUAAAGAAAAAGGUCAAUCAAACAGUGAAAGCACUUAAAAGCAACAAUAUAUCUGUAGGUGAAAGGGUACAUGCAGCUACAUUUAUCAGCGGUAUACAGAUCACAGAUACUAAAGAAGACUACAUACGGUAUGCCCAUGGGUUAAUAUCAGAAUAUAUUCCGGAAGAUCUGAGUAAGGAGUUGUUAAAAUAUUUAGGGCUCCCAGAACUUAAAAGCCCAGCACCAGAGCCACCAUUGAAGAUGCCUGCGCAAAGACAUGCAAAGAAGAAAUGAAAGGAGCAUAAGGAGACUCGCUAGUAUUAUUUUAACUUGCCAUAAUCUCAAAGCAGCUUUUAAAGGCUUUUUUUACGCACUUUCUGAAAAUAAAUACUUGAAGUUAGACAUGCCCUGUUCCAAGAAAAAGCAAAUCUCAGCAGAUUAACAUUGUUAAAUAUGCGGUGUGUUAAAUAUACACUGCUUCAAAUUUUAUAGCUUAUACACUAUUGGUCUGUCGGGCCCUUCCAGGAAAGCACUUACGAGCAUGCCUAAUGUUAAGCACAUGAGCAGCAAUCUUAAAGUCAGCAGCGGUGUUCGUGUGGAUAAGUGCUUUGCUGGAUCAGCGCCUAAAGUCCUGUUAGGUGCUGAGCAUCCUGAUCCAUAUCCAGCAAAGCACUUACGUCCAUGCUUAUCUUGAAGUGGAAGAGCCAGUCUAACUAACAUUUCUGCAUUAGUGUUCACCGUAAAAUUUCUCUUGGCACAAUGACUCACAUGCUUAAAGUUAAGCACCUGCCUAAGUAUUUUGCAAGGUCAGACCAACAGCAUCCUUGACCAAGUCUUAAAUAAUUACUUGCUUUUGUAUGAAUUUUCUUUUUUGUACUCGUCAUUUUUUAACAGAGUAUAUGAUUUUAGUGGCCAUAAUUACAAGUUUUAGCAGCUGCGUAGCAAAAUAUGUCGUAUGCAAUUUCCUCCUUUCUUUUUCAAAAUCUAGCCAAAUUCAGCAAGAUGGCCUUUUUGGACUAGAAGUCCAAUGUUCAGACUUAGAAUCAUCCAAAAUGAAAAAAAAGUUAACUCUCUCUUUUUUAGGACGUUUACAUGUUUUGAAAUU